GGACUCCACCGACUAUUGAUGUUUGGAGGCGAAAGGCCAAUCUUAUCACAAUUGGCCGAGGUAACCCUUACCAGUAUUGGGUAAACACCAUGGAUAGACCAUAAAAUCUCGGUGUUGGAUGGCAAAGGUUUCAAAUUCACAGCAGUAUGAUAUGAUAUGUUAGACUCCCCCACUGAAGCAAACGCUGGGGUUUCCGCACGUCAGUAUUCUUCCAGUAUCAUCGUUGCGCGGAAAAUAUGAGCUGAUCCCAGGGUCAGGGCUAAUCUUGGCACAAGCAACUCUCUAGCCUAAACAAACCACUGCACAAUCUCUCCAACCCCCAGCUCCAGGCAUAGCUCACAACUCAAAGUAACCAUGGUCCUUCUAACCCUCACACCCCAGCUCACGGCUGCGAUAGAAGUCUACAACAAGGAGAAGCCAUCCUCCUCGAUCUCAGUUCCCGCAACGCACCUUGAUCACCGUCAAAUCCAUCUCAUCUCCCAAGCCCUCCUCGACACCUCCGAAGAUAAAUCCCAAUACCGCCUAAGCACUCUCCUACAAGGAUGUAGCCUCUAUCACCCCCCAUCCCCGCCGAGGCCCGAGCCGGUAUUACCUCCUCUAUUGCCCUCCUCUCGCCCUCAACAAGCUAACAAAAUGCCAGACUCAGGAAUAUAAAGACCUAAUGGCACGCCUCCGCCGGCAGGAAGAAGAGCGGGUUUACAACGCCCUAACAAACAAACCUCGAGACAUCUACGAAGAAGAGGACGAAUAUACUUUUCAAGACUUGAAAUCGCAGUUAUCAAUAAUCUCUAAUGUAUUACUGUCCACGAUAGCUACUUCUGUGGCCGUGUGGAUGGUUGCCGGUGGGUGGGAUGUCCCGCAGAGAUUCGCCUUGGCGUUUGCGUCUGCUAUUGUCGUCUGCAUAGCGGAGGUGGUGGUUUUUAACGGGUACCUGAGAAAGGUGGAGGAGAGUCGGGAGUCGGAAAAGAUUAAGGCCAAAAAUGAAGUCAAGGAGAUUGUCAACGUCUGGGAGAUCGGCGGGGUUGCUAGAGCGCUGGAUGGGGUUAAGAAAAGGAGAUAAACUCGUUCAUGGUGCCCCUCCGGCGCGUCUUGUGUGGAUACGGUGUCCGGACCCGGUCCGUGGACAGAGGCCCGGGUUCUGCUCUGUUUGGGCAAUAUUUAUUUGCAACUUUACUCGCACCCUAGACAGUUGAUUACAUACUUGAGUAUUUGUUGAUCCUG